AUGCACUUUUUCCAGUACUUUGUUUGGAUCGUAAUCGGUAUCAGCAGCGGUCGGAAUUUGGUCACAACCAUGAGGACUAGACCUCGGCGACCCGCCGGAGCAGCCGCAAGGAGUGAGAGCGGAAAGCGGGAUCCGGUGGAAGAGCCUUCCGCCCAAGACUCUGAUUCAGAUGUAGAACAAGAUGUCAAGAGAACGCGCCGAACUCAAGAUCUGGAAAAACCUGACUCGAAAGGGAACGGAGAUAAGUCAGGCAGAACCAGUCGAAAUGCCCUGGAAAAGAACCCAAAGAGCGCUGACAGGCAGGAGCAUGCAGAGCUGGCAGUGACAAGUCGUGCUACAAGAGCCAUGACGCGAGAUUCAAGAAACGCGUGCGUGAGCGGAAAGAAGUACCUGAGCAGCGACAAGACCGACCAUCAAAUUCAACCAGCAGACCGCGAAAGCUCCGAGAGUGAAAUCAGCAAUACAGGAGAUAUGACUGCUAAGAAGAAAGCCGGCGAGAGUCAUAGACCUGAAGGCAGGAUGGCAUGCAGGCCAUUGGUGAUUGCGCCAGCACCUCCGGCAAGGAAUGGAAAGAGACGAAGACGACCUGACGAAGAAGAUUUCGCUUACGAAUAUGAGCUGCAAGCUUUGCUUGAAUCCCUCGACCACGAAAGAAAACAUACGAUUCCAAGGACGGCAGACAGAAUCGAUGAGAAGAGCAAUAUGUGGGGAUAUAAGGGAACUCCGUACAGUUCGGGACAGUCUGGAGAAGGGACAGACAAUUCUGUGAAACUUUAUCGGCCUUGGUUCACGUCGUUCUCGAACAGAUUUCAAGCCCUCAAUCGCAAGAGUGUUCUCCAAGACUUGAGCACCAUUCAGGCUCAAGAUCCGACGUUUCCAAAGGGCGAAAAGGGGGGAGAGAUCAACGGUUCUGGAAGUGAAUCUGACAGCAAGGAUUCAAAAGCUUCUCCCUCACGCUUUAAGGGCUCCUCAGGAAAAUCCAAGGAAAAGGAAGCCUUGGGUUCAGUGUCAUCUGCAGAUAUGGACGGACAUUCCAUCAAAUCUCUGCUAUUCUCGAACUUGAAUGGCUUGAAUGUUCCUGCGCAAACUUUUGCAGGCACCCCGAAACAUUUAAGCUCCAACAGCUUGCUGGUGAAGCCGAAACCAACAGACUUGAAGACCGAGAGUCAAUCGCAAUACCUCAGGCAUCAGGAAGAUCUUGUGAAUUAUUGGUUUGGAGAAGCCAAGUCAAAGCAGCCAGACUACUUGACGAUCAAAGCCGCAGAGAUGAAUGAAAGCACAAGGAUGGAAGCCCGUGCUGCACAUCGCCAUGACCAUAGCUCUCAUGCUGUCCUGUCGUACUCGGGGCAAGAGUCCAACCACAUCAGGAAGAUCAACCAAGCAUCUAAGUUAUCAGGUUCAAACCCUGUGACCAAGAAGUCUGCAUCGAACAUUAGUGUUAUCCAAGGACCUCACCACCACACGCCCAACAGUCAGUAUGGAUCACCAUCUUCGAAGAUUCAAGUUUCAGUGCUCAAUAACAGUGCUCCUCCGACUUCUGUGUCCUUCUCGUCGACCAACAACUCAAGCAAGUACUUCGUGGGUUCCAUUAUCCAGGCUUUUAAGGACGGAAACUGGCGAACUGUUCGAAUCGAAGCGAGUAGGAUGAGAAGCUCUGUAGAAGAAGUUCGAGUGAGUUACCUUGGGGGAGCCCUCGGACUGCCGCCCGAAUGGAUUCCAACCUCGUCUGGUCUUUUGAGACCAAUCCCAACGACCCCGAAGCAGUCAGCGUGGCAUUCGUCGCACUCAAAGAACGUGUCGAAGAAUGCCGUCGCUACCAGUCAGGCGUUCCAGUCAGUCAAACAUGUGGGGUCCAAGGCUGGAGGCUCAACCAGCAGCCACGGAUACUCGAUGAUGACCUCAAACGGCUUCGGCAAGUCGACCAUGCCUGGGGCUCCUGCAUUGAGCUCGCAAGCUGAAGAUUCUUGGAAGGACCCAAACCAGUCGAGACUGUGGGGAGCGGCAGCGGCUUUGCGAGGAACAACGACAGCCAACGGCAUGUCGGGAGAUGCGUGGGGGAUGAAGACGUCGGGAUCGAGUGCGGGUGGGAUGAACAACGGGAUGAACGCGCUCUCGCUGCAGUCGAACCUCUCUGCUCUCCUCGGAAAAUCUCCCUCCAGCCAUGGAGACCUCAACUUGCUGGGCAGCAGUGUGAUGGGCCUGAGCUCGGCGAUGCCCGGCAAGGGGCCUGUCUCGAGUCAGUCGGGCAGCCUCUUGAGUUUCUUGUCGUCAGUGGAAGACAAGGAGAGCGGCUCUCGACGUGCUCUUAUCGACGCCAUGCUUCCGUCCCCCUUCAGCGCCUCCACCCCCAGCAUCUCGCAGUUCAAGGGCUCCCUGGGCUCGCUGCUGCAGCAGCAGCCACCUCUUUCCUUUAACGGUGUGGGGAUGAUGGAGGCGGGUCAGCAUCGUUCCCGCGACUUGCUGCUGUCUUUGAGUGGAGCGAAGAUGAAUGGAGGGACUUGA